GAGAAGAGAAGAAGAAAGAAACAGAGGGAAAAUCAAAAGGCUCCCAUAACUCUCUUUUUCUUCUUCUGAUCAACUUUUCCAGACAGAGAGAGAGAGAGAGAGAGAGAGAGAGAGAGAGAGAGAGAGAGAGAGAGAGAGAGAGAGAGUAUAAAGAGCCAGCUGAAGAGAGAGAUAGACACAGAAAACAGAGCGCCAUGUCUCUUGGUUACGCAGAGAAGCUAUCGUACAUAGAGGAUGUCGGCAAAGUUGGGAUGGCAGAAUUCUUCGACCCACCUCACGUUUUGCAAGACAAAAUUGAGCAACUUGCUAAGAUGAUACAGAAGAGUAAGCAUCUAGUGGUAUUUACUGGUGCAGGAAUAUCAACUUCUUGUGGUAUACCUGAUUUUAGAGGUCCCAAAGGAAUUUGGACACUGCAGCGGGAGGGCAAACCAUUACCUGAAGCAUCGCUACCUUUCCAUCGUGCAAUGCCAAGCAUGACUCACAUGGCUUUGGUUGAACUGGAGAAAUCUGGCACUUUAAAGUUUGUCAUUAGCCAGAAUGUCGAUGGCAUCCAUCUUCGAUCUGGAAUACCAAGGGAGAAACUUGCUGAACUGCAUGGGAAUUCUUUUAUGGAAGCCUGCCCUUCAUGUGGAGCUGAGUAUUUGCGGGAUUUUGAGGUGGAAACAAUUGGAUUGAAGGAGACAUCAAGACGAUGCUCUAAUGAAAAUUGUGGAGCUAAACUUAGGGAUACAGUUCUAGAUUGGGAGGAUGCAUUGCCCCCAAAGGAGAUGAACCCAGCAGAGAAGCACUGUAGGAUGGCAGAUCUUGUGCUUUGUCUCGGGACAAGUUUGCAGAUAACUCCUGCAUGCAAUCUGCCUCUUAAAUCUCUCCGAGGUGGAGGGAAGAUUGUAAUUGUGAAUCUUCAGAAAACUCCAAAGGACAAGGAUGCAUCUUUGGUGAUUCAUGGGUUUGUAGACAUGGUUAUUGCAGGAGUCAUGGACCUGCUUAAUCUGCAGAUUCCUCCAUAUGUCAGGAUUGAUUUUUUCCAGACCAUCCUAACUCAAUCUUUGAGUGCAGAUGAACGAUAUGUGAACUGGAACCUUCGCGUAGCUAGUGUCCAUGGACUGAACGCACAAUUACCAUUCAUCAAGUCUGUUGAGGUUUCCUUCUCAGACAACCAAAAGUACAAACCGGCUAUUCUAGAUAAGCAACCAUUUCAAUUAAAAAGGAGAACUGCAAGGGCAGAAACGUUUGAAAUCUUUUUGAAGCUCAACUUCAGUGAUGGUUGUGGUUGUCUGUCCACUCAAAUCAAUAUCUCCUUUGAUUUUGAGGUCGCAACUGAAUGCCUGAAGCUAGAUAAAGACGCUGAAUUGCAAAGUCUGAGAGACGUGGCGAUUCAGCAAUCCUGCUGUUGCCAGAAUACACUUCUUGAGAGGAAAGCCCUUCUUGCCCCAAAAGGUGAAGUCACUGAUUAUGCAAUUGUAACCAACAUCAAAACCUUUGAAUCUCAUUCUGUAAGUAAUGGUGAUCUGAAAUGGAGAAAAGAGAGUGUGAAUGGCACCGGGACAUCUUGGAAGCGAUCAAGAAGUCGUAAGCGAAAACCGAUACCUUAGAGCAUGAGGGCAUGCACAUUGGUCGUGUUUGUGUAUACAGAUUACAAUGAGAACAAUGAUGAUGACGAUGAUGAUAAAACAUUAGUCAUGAACUGCAAAUUGUGUAACUUGGAAGGAACUGAGUGAAUUUUGGUAGAUGCUGCACUCAGCCUCCCCAGCUAUGGAUAGGAAAAGUAAAAUGGCAGCUUUGCAGGUUUUCUGGUA